CUCUCCCCUGCAGGUCGGUGGUACGCUCCAGACCGUCACAUGAUCACGGACUCACGCUGACUCAUUGAAGGAAACAAAACGAGUUCCUCGUUUGUUGUUCGUGAUUUUAGCUUCGAUCGAGUGUCACGAAGAUGUUGUGCGGUGGAACCUCCCAGCCUGUGGACGCAGAUGAGCAGAUCCAGAAGAUCUGUGACAGCAUGAAGCCCCAUGCUGAAGCACAAGCCGGGAAGACCUUCGACGUGUUCGUAGCCAAGACGUACAAGACUCAGUGUGUGUCCGGGACCAACUACUUCAUUAAGGUCCAUGUGGGAGGAGAUGAACAUGUUCACCUGCGCGUUUACAAAAAACUGCCAUGUAAUGGAGAAACCUUGGAGCUGAGUAAGAUGCUGCAAGACAAACGCCAUCAUGAUCCUCUUGAGUAUUUCUAAAAAGGGGCCACAAACCAAACAAAGCAUCCUAUCAGGCUGUAAUCUCAUUUCAAUCAAAUAGUCUCACAUUCCCCCGGCUCUGUAUGUUAAACAAUGUUACCCAACAUGUAAUAAUAUACUGUCUUCUACUAGUGAAGCUCAUGAUGUUAGGAGAAUGUCAACUAUUUUUGUAUGCCUUGAAUUAAUAAAAGAUGAUUGAAUAACUCUGA